AAAGGUCUUUAAAACGCUACAAAACUUGAAUCCCCCCCUCCCCUUCUCUCUCUUUCUCUCUCUCUCUCUCUCUGUUUCAUGUCUUUGUUGCUUCUUUCUCUUUCUCUGUGUAUGUAAAAUCUUUGUUUUUCUCAGACGUGGUGCAGAAAGUUGUGUGUCUCAGAUCCCGAUAUACACAGUCUCUCUCUCUCUCUCUCUCUCUCUCUCGCUUUCAUAUACACCAGUAACGAUAAAACUGUCUGCUUUCCUCUCUGCCUCUCCAUCAAACGCACACAAACACCACAACUACACAAGAGUCUCUUUUGUGGUCCUGAGAACUGAACCCACAACCCCACCUUUCCUCUAUAUAAUCCUCAUCUCCUUUUCAAACCCCUUUCGUUUUUAUUACCCAUUUAAUUAAAUUACACACACUAUCUCUCUCUCUCCCUUUCGUUUUUUUUUUUUAAAUUUUUUUAUGGACAUAGAAAUACAAGAAACAAGCCUGGGAAUGAUGGGUGGAGGCGGUGCUGGCGGUAGUAGUGGCGGUUUAGGUGGCGAUAUGGGAGUUUCCGGCGACCACAACCGCCAGCUAAAGGCGGAGAUAGCUACUCACCCGCUAUAUGAGCAGCUCCUGUCGGCCCACGUGGCCUGCCUCCGUGUCGCCACUCCGAUUGAUCAGUUGCCGUUGAUCGACGCGCAGAUACAACAGUCUCACCAUCUUUUGCGCUCCUAUGCCUCGCAGCGUAGCCAUUCCAUAUCUCCCCAUGAGCGUCAGGAGCUCGACAGCUUCUUGGCACAAUAUCUGUUGGUUUUGUGUAGCUUCAAAGAACAGCUUCAGCAACAUGUCAGAGUCCAUGCCGUUGAGGCUGUCGUGGGUUGCCGUGAAAUCGAAAAUACCUUGCAGGCCCUCACUGGAGUGAGCCUAGGUGAAGGUACUGGUGCAACAAUGUCAGAUGAUGAGGACGAUCUGCAGAUGGAUUUCUCUCUUGAUCAAUCUGGUGCUGAUGGACAUGACAUGAUGGGAUUUGGUCCGCUGCUUCCGACAGAAUCUGAAAGGUCAUUAAUGGACAGAGUUCGACAGGAAUUGAAGAUUGAACUAAAGCAGGGUUUCAAGUCAAGAAUUGAAGAUGUCAGGGAGGAGAUCCUAAGAAAAAGAAGGGCAGGGAAAUUACCAGGUGACACAACUAGUGUGUUGAAAAAUUGGUGGCAGCAACACUCAAAGUGGCCUUACCCAACUGAAGAUGACAAGGCAAAACUUGUAGAGGAGACAGGGUUGCAGCUGAAGCAAAUCAACAACUGGUUCAUCAACCAAAGGAAGCGCAACUGGCACAGCAACUCACAGUCGGUGACCUCUCUGAAGUCCAAGCGCAAAAGCUGUUGUUGACCAUGGGAGGUAAAUAGGGUGGCUGACUCUUGUACGUGGAAAGCUAUGAAGGAACCGUUGGAGGUUAGUUGACUUCAAAGUCGGGUACAGAGAAUGUAAUAGAUGGGAGUUUGAAUAGCUUUACAUAGCUUACACUACAUUACAUAUAUAUGAGGUUGUAACUUCAUGGUUUUAACUGCAUGGGUAAAGUUACUUUUUUGCUACAAUAUUUGUGUUAAUUGCCUCAAUAAUAUCCAUACUUAUAUUAGGGAA